GGAAAGGAGGGGAAAGGAGGUCUGGGGAGGAGGCCCCUGGUUCUCGCAGUCCGCGGGCCAGCUGUCCAUGGGGGAGGUCGAGGGGCAGGAGGAUGGCAGGAGGAUGGUGAUGGCUUCCCUGGGGGCAACAGGCCCUUAUCCACUCUGCCUCGCCUCCUGAGACGGCCAUGGUGAGGAUAAAUGAGAUGGGGCAGGGGACCAGCACGGGCUUGGUGCAGAGUGGGGAAGCAUCCUGGGCACCGGCUGCUGGCCAGAGGCACCCCGGGCCAUGUCAGAACUUUGAGCAGGUGACAGAGAGCAGUUGUCACAGCCUCAAGAUGCUGAGCCUGAAGCUCCCCCGGCUGUUUCGCAUCGACCAGGUGCCCCAGGUGUUCCAUGAGCAGGGCAUCCUCUUUGGCUACCGGCAUCCGCAAAGUUCCGCCACGGCCUGCGUCCUCAGCCUUUUCCAAAUGACCAAUGAGACCCUCAACAUCUGGACUCACUUGCUGCCCUUCUGGUUCUUCACGUGGAGGUUUGUGACCGCCUUGUACGUGACAGACAUCUGGAAUGACAGCUACUCCUGGCCUCUGUUUGUGUACAUGGGCACCAGCUGCGUGUACCCGCUUGCGUCCAGCUGUGCGCAUACCUUCAACUCCAUGUCCAAGAACGCCCGGCACAUCUGCUACUUCCUGGACUACGGUGCCGUCAACCUCUUCAGCCUGGGCUCAGCCAUCGCUUACUCUGCCUAUUCGAUCCCCAACGUGAUGGUGAACACCACCUUCCAUGACUACUACGUGCCCCUGGCCGUGCUGAACACCAUCAUCAGCACCGGCCUCUCCUGCUACUCCAGGUUUCUUGAAAUCCAGAAGCCCGGGCUCUGCAAGAUGCUUCGCGUCCUUGCCUUUGCUUAUCCCUACACCUGGGACUCCCUUCCCAUCUUCUACAGGCUGUUCCUGCUUUCGGGGGACGGUGCGCAGAAUGAAGCCGCCUUGUACCACCAGAAGCACACGGCCAUGACCCUCCUGGCCUCUUUCUUCUACUCCGCACACCUGCCAGAGCGCCUGGCGCCUGGACGCUUCGACUACAUCGGUCACAGUCACCAGCUGUUCCACGUGUGUGUGAUCCUGGCCACACACCUGCAGAUGGAAGCCAUUGUUCUGGACAAGACUCUGAGGAGGGAAUGGCUCCUGGCCAACUCCAGGCCCCUGUCUUUCCCUCAGAUAGCUGGAGCUGUACUUCUGUGCCUCAUCUUCAGCCUCAGCAACAUAAUUUAUUUCUCAGCUGCUCUGUAUCGGAUUCCUGAGCCAGAAUUACAUAAAAAAGAAACAUGAUUCAGACCAUAAGCUUUUCAUGCCAGAUGUCAACAUUAAGCUACAACCUCCUAAGCACCAUAAGUGCCUAGUGGUACCUGUUUACCAAGGUCUAAAAUAUUCACGGUGGUUGAUGUCUUGGCAUUUUUGAGUGCGUUCAUGUCAAUAAGGUAUUUAACUGGGGAAAUGUCUCUCAAUGUGCACCUAUUCUAUAAUUGUGAUUUUAAAAGGGGAAGAUGGGUUCAAGUAAGUCCUUGUUCAGGCGAAUCCUUAAUAGUUCACUAAGUCUUAAAUUUAUUUAAAAUAAGGCAGUUAGAAGCCUUCCUAUUAAGUGGCCAGAUGAAGCUUUACUACUCUUGUAGUGUUACCCUUUGAAAACGGGCCCUGCUUCAUUUGUUGAGUCCCACAUGGCACAGCUCCUGCCAAGACCUCCAUGGUGGGAGGAGAAUGAGCCAGAAAGAUCAGCGGGGGGUGUGGAGGGGGUGGAGUAAGAGGAAGCUGGGUCUGUGGGAACCCUGGGGACUGGGGAGACACUUCAGGAUGAAGAGACCUGGUUUGGGGAGGGGGCUUCUUCCUUUCCCCACCUAGUGAAGGGAAUGAAUGAAUGAAGAGUCCUCUUUCCCACAAGUCUGUUGUGCCUUAAAGUGCCAAUUCCCAUGUCACGUGGAUUUGGAUUUUCUCUAAAGGCCACAUGGCUGGGUGUCUGUGUUCUGUUUUGUUCUGUUUUCUCGUUGCCAAUUCGAUGCUGCAAAGUAUUAUGCAGUGCAGGUCAAAUGUGUGAGGCAUGGGAGCCGGCUGAGUUAAUUCCAGUUGGCUGUGCUCACCUGUCACUGUGUAAACCAAUGGCAUGGCUCUAUUUGGGGAUGCUAUCCAUUUAAUAUUGCUUCAGCAUUUCAAAGGUGCUGCAAAGUUUAGUGUUCCUGGGCAGAGGAUGUCAAAGACCUUGUAAAGGGUUGGUCAACUACAGUGAUCCUCAAGCUUUGCUGCGAAUCAGACACAUUUGGUGAGUUGGCGACCAGUGCGGAUUCCCAGGCCAAAUCAGGGGAUUCUGUGUUAGUAGUUUAAGAUGUAGGUCUUUUGGAGGAGAUUUGCCCUGAAUCUGAGGAAGUCCCCAGGUGAUCCUAAUGCAGAAGGGCCACAGGCCAAAUGGGAAAAAUGCUGGCGUCAUGAGUUCCAGAAGGCACUGGGCCUCUCAGCUUUGUUGCAGUUGACCUAAUUUUCAGCAACCACCACCUAAGGAUGUAUCCCCUGCUGUCUACUCUGCACAAGAGUAGCACACUGAGCAUUUUCUCAUCUGUUGCCUUAGGAGUUAAAGUUUAGUAUUUCGUGCUGUUUUCAGAGAGUUCAGAAAUGCUGAUGCAAAACUGUAGCAGACGCCCAUCAACCCCUGAUCUGCACUUGCUAAUGACUUGAGGGGCUGUCCAUCACAAAGCAGGAUCCUCUUUGCUGACUCAGGAACACCCUCAAAACUUAGAAUACUGCCUCUGUGGUAACUGGCCCAGAAACUUGAAUGGCCUCACGAAUAGCUCGUCGUCCAACCCUCUGAGGACAAGUAAAAAUUUAUAUUGGCUGAGAGUGGUCAAGAAAUAUGAUUUCAUUAGUUUUACUGUUUAUUUACUUCCUCUGGGGAAAGGUAGACUGAUAAAAUUAUAUGGGCUGGUAAAUUUUUGGUACAUUAAUUGCCCACUGCAUGACAAAAUUUGGUUUGGGGCGAUAAUCUGACACUCCUAGUGGAAUUUUACUCCAGCAGGGUCUGUGGGCACCCGUUUUGCCUUGCUAUAACUUCAAUUUUAUGCUGCAAAAAGGCACAGAGUUUAAAUACCCUAUUCUAGCAAGUGCCAAAGACAUGAAGCUCUUUAACAUCUCUUUUGUUUCGGGAGAGGAAAAUGUUUGUUUAGUUCAGAAAUAGUUGAAAGUUAUAGGUGAUUAAUCUGAAGGACCUUCAGAUUAUUUAAUUUUGGGUGAUGUGACUUUUUCGCCAUCCUUAAUGAUGGGAAAGAAAAUGUUACAUCAACAAAAGAAGACCAGUGUUUCAUAAUGUUUUUAUACGUUUGGCAAACUCAGUCCCACUGUAUACAUUUGGACAGUGUUACAAAUUAAAAUUGGAUGACGGUUUGCAAUGGGCUGAUUUGGAAGCUUCUAGAUUCAGACAGUGGGUUCAAAAAUAUUAAUUACCAUUAGAUAUUAAGUGUAAUGUGGGUUUGCGUAAGCCAAAGUCAAAAAGGAAAGGCAAAAAGGUUGGCAGUGGGUGAGCUGGAGAGCUCACUGGGAAGGUGUCUUUUCAUGUAGCGGCCCUCAGGUUUUUAUUGUCUCAAUACACCUUGGAAAUGUGCCAUACUCCCAUUGGUAGCAAUGCUCGCCACCACACGAUCUCAAAGAGGAUUUUGUGGGGGGUGACAAACUCCUAAUGGGAUGACCCUCUUCUUCCUCCCCCUGCAUGAGAAACACUGCCCCCCAAAUUUCCCAGAUGCCACGGUGGUGAUAAAACUUGAAUGUACUCGAAUGAGGCCGUUUAGCUAACCGCACUGUCCUUCGCUCAUCAUAGCUUUGCUUUCCAUUGCUCGGUUUCUAGAGAGCAACGAAUCUGUCACCGAUUGGAAUGAGAAGUGGGAGGUUUUAGGAAACCAUUUGAGUACAAAGUGACCUGUUUGACCUGCUGCCGUCUUAAAGUGUUUGUUGUGGAACUCAGCUCACGUGAGAAGUUCUAAGGAAGGCAAGGGGCAGUGGAUCAGUGUGAUCAGAUGUGUUGGAGAGACCCUUCAUUUGGCUCUGCUGUGUCCCAAAUUUGUUUGGCCAUGGUACUAUAUGAAACACCUAUUCACACUGUAUAACAACUCUUUAUCACAUAUUAGUUGAAUGCCGGCCUCUGAUUUUCUGGUCAACAAUCCAUUGUGGAUGAAAAGGCAAAGACCCAUUUCUGAACACAGCUGUUCCUCCAACUUACACUGAUGUCUGGUUUUCUUAAACUGUAUGGGAGGAAAAAAAAUAAACUUUAUUAUAAUAAAGGCCUGUUUCCCACUUGAU